GAGAGAACUCUGUAAUCGAUGUCACCUUGAAAUUUCGACAAGAUGGAGGCCAACGUGAGUAAAACGGGCCAGGAAGCCCUCGUCGCCCCAGAUGAAAAGCCAUGGCAAAAGAAAAGGAGACUGGCUAGGUUGGCUGAGUUCAAGGGCAGUCAAUAUCCGCCUUUUUCUAUUGAGCCAAUGCCUCAUGAGCGCCAUCGUCUCGAUGGUAAAGGCAUGACAGAUGCAGAUCGACAACUCAGAAAACAAUGGUUACUCGAUCAGAACCUGUCCCCGAAUGAACCACGUUAUGUCCCUGAAGUUCACCCGAGGAAUGUAUUUAAAAGGAUUGGUUCAAUGCCCUUUGAAGCCCUCUACAAGGUAUUGAAACCAAUUAUCGGUGUAAAACCAGCUCUAGUUGUUCGUCGCAGUUCUCCAUGGAUUCUUGGAAUUUACGGUACUCUAUGUGCUUCCUAUUACUUUCUCAAAUAUCAGCCUAAUGACUGGACGAAAGCCAGUGGCUUCUACGUACGGAGUAUACAACCGCAAUAUACAAUGGGUAUGGCAAAACCUUUCCCUGAAAAAGAAGCAGCUGAUUACUAUGACAAAGGGUUCAAAUCUCGGCAAGUGCUACUCAAUCCCAAAACUAGCUACAUUGAAUAAUUCUCAAGGGAAACUGCUAUAAAGACCUAUGGACCUUUAGAUUUUUUUUUUAUCUAGUUGAAGAAACUGAGUCCUGUGAUUUUAAGGAAGGUUAUUAUAUUUGUUAGAGGUACUGCCUCCUUCAGAGGUCUUUAACAAAUAUUUAAAAAAAUCAAAAAAGGAAACA